CCCACCCCCGCCCCUUUAAGAGUCGCCCGCCGCCGCCGCCGAGUCCGCGGACAUGUCCUUCCCGCAGCUGGGCUACCCGCAGUACCUGAGCGCCGCGGGGCCCGGCGCCUACGGCGGCGAGCGCCCGGGGGUGCUGGCCGCGGCGGCCGCCGCCGCUGCCGCCGCCUCGUCGGGCCGGCCCGGGGCGGCGGAGCUGGGCGCGGGCGCGGGCGCGGCCGCCGUCACCUCGGUGCUGGGCAUGUACGCGGCGGCCGGACCGUACGCGGGCGCGCCCAACUACAGCGCCUUCCUGCCCUACGCCGCCGACCUCAGCCUCUUCUCGCAGAUGGGUUCACAGUAUGAACUGAAGGACAACCCCGGAGUGCACCCAGCCACCUUCGCAGCCCACACGGCGCCGGCCUAUUACCCCUAUGGCCAGUUCCAGUACGGGGAUCCCGGGCGGCCCAAGAACGCCACGCGGGAGAGCACGAGCACGCUCAAGGCCUGGCUCAACGAGCACCGCAAGAACCCCUACCCCACCAAGGGCGAGAAGAUCAUGCUGGCCAUCAUCACCAAGAUGACCCUCACGCAGGUGUCCACCUGGUUCGCCAACGCGCGCCGGCGCCUCAAGAAGGAGAACAAAGUGACGUGGGGCGCGCGCAGCAAGGACCAGGAGGACGGCGCUCUCUUCGGAAGCGACACCGAGGGGGACCCCGAGAAGGCCGAGGACGACGAGGAGAUCGACCUGGAGAGCAUAGACAUCGACAAGAUCGACGAGCACGACGGCGACCAGAGCAACGAGGACGAGGAGGACAAGGCCGAGGCGCCCCGCGCGCCCCCCGCGCCCGCUGCCCUCGGCCGGGACCAGGGCUCGCCGCUGGCCGCCGCCGACGCGCUCAAGCCCCAAGACUCGCCCCUGGGCCUGGCCAAAGAGGUCCCGGAGCCCGGCAGCACGCGCCUGCUGAGUCCCGGCGGCGCCGCCGCGGCGGGCGGCCUGCAGGGCGCGCAGCACAGCAAGCCCAAGAUCUGGUCUCUGGCCGAGACGGCCACCAGCCCCGACGGCGCGCCCAAGGCCUCUCCGCCGCCGCCCGCCGGCCACCCCGGCGCCCACGGGCCCCCCACGGGCGCGCCGCUGCAACACCCCGCCUUCCUGCCCAGCCACGGACUGUACACCUGCCACAUCGGCAAGUUCUCCAACUGGACCAACGGCGCGUUCCUUGCGCAGGGCUCGCUGCUCAACGUGCGCUCCUUCCUGGGCGUCGGUGCGCCCCACGGCCCGCACCUGUCCGCCCCGCCGCCGCCGCAGCAGGCGCCGGUCACCGUGGCCGCGGGAGUGCUCCACGGCGACAAGGCCUCGGCCCGCAGCAGCCCCUCCCUCCCAGAGAGAGACCUCAUCCCCAGGCCAGACUCACCGGCCCAGCAGUUAAAGUCGCCCUUCCAGCCUGUGCGCGACAACUCCCUGGCCCCGCAGGAGGGGACGCCGCGGAUCCUAGCAGCCCUCCCGUCAGCCUGAUUCAGGGUCUUCUUUUACUUUUGCGGGGGAGGGGGGAGAAGUUCGGGAGGGAGGGGGUGAGGGAGGAAUUAGGACAAAUAUUUCAGACCGGUGUAAAGGACAAAUCUGGCAACGAAGUCAAGGACUCCCAUCCAUCGCUUUCUGCAGAAAGGGGCUCUUCCAGCGGCGCUUGUGUCCAGGCAGCCUAGCCGCUGCCCGCCGCUCGAGUGGCUGUCACCGCACUCUGGGUGAUUAGCGGUAAAUGCCCUCACGUGCUUGUGUCUUUUUUUUUUUUUCUGUAUAUAGAGUGAUUUCAAUUGUACAUAGCGCGUCAGCGAACUUGUCUAAAUCAUAUAUUUUUGUCUAAUAAACGAAAUGAAAUGAUGGCC